AGAAGGCGAUGCAAACGAAGUUACGACGGCCCACGUGAGAGGUGGCGUUCGCAAGAGUUGAAAGCAUUUGUUCUUUCCCCUCGAUCUCUCCGCCCUCACCUCAUUUCAUAACUUCUAUACGGAGUGAUAGGCUCAAACCCAUCCUCUCUCUUCCUCUUCACCCUUUCUCCGUGUGUAAGUGCGUGAAGAAAAAUGGCAGCGAUUAUGCAGGGGAUUGGGGCGGCUACUAAUCUUUCAUCAUCGUUUUCUUUCGAUUCUAAGGGAUUUCAGCUUCAAUCUGUCAAAUCUCUCCCAGAAAGGAUCACGUCUUCUUUAGUUGUCAGGUCUGAUGGAAGGGUGAUCCCAACUUCUAAUCUCAAAGCUCGCAACGUUGGUGGUAGAUUGGUUACCAAUGCAGUUGCAGCAAAAGCUGAUGGUUCCACUACAUCCACGGCCUCUAAGCCCGGGCAUGAACUCUUGCUGUUUGAAGCGCUUCGAGAAGGCCUGGAAGAAGAGAUGGAUAGAGAUCCUCGAGUUUGUGUCGUAGGGGAAGAUGUGGGUCACUAUGGGGGUUCAUACAAGGUGACAAAGGACCUGGCUCCAAAGUAUGGGGAUCUAAGGGUUCUGGAUACCCCCAUUGCUGAAAACUCCUUCACGGGAAUGGCUGUUGGAGCUGCAAUGACAGGCCUCAGGCCAAUAGUAGAGGGCAUGAACAUGGGUUUCCUUCUCCUGGCUUACAACCAAAUCUCUAACAACUGUGGUAUGCUCCACUACACUUCAGGUGGCCAAUUCACCAUUCCAGUUGUCAUCCGUGGUCCUGGAGGUGUUGGACGUCAGCUUGGAGCUGAGCAUUCACAGCGACUUGAAUCAUACUUCCAGUCAAUUCCUGGUAUCCAGAUGGUUGCCUGCUCAACACCGUACAAUGCCAAGGGCCUGAUGAAGGCAGCCAUCCGCAGUGAGAACCCAGUUAUUUUGUUUGAGCAUGUGCUUCUCUACAAUCUCAAGGAGAGGAUCCCAGAUGAAGAGUAUGUGUUGUCACUAGAGGAGGCAGAGAUGGUGAGGCCUGGGGAGCACAUUACAAUCCUAACAUACUCCCGCAUGAGGUACCAUGUGAUGCAGGCUGCCAAAACAUUGGUGAACAAGGGGUAUGAUCCUGAGGUGAUUGAUAUCAGGUCAUUGAAACCGUUUGAUCUUCAUACGAUAGGUAAUUCAGUAAAGAAGACACACCGUGUGCUUAUUGUGGAGGAGUGUAUGCGGACAGGUGGGAUUGGUGCCAGUCUAACAGCAGCCAUCAAUGAGAAUUUCCACGAUUACUUAGAUGCCCCAGUUAUGUGCCUGUCCUCACAGGACGUGCCAACCCCAUAUGCUGGGACAUUGGAGGAAUGGACUGUAGUUCAGCCUGCGCAGAUUGUAACCGCUGUGGAGCAACUAUGCCAGUAGCAGCCCCAGUAUUAGUACAGCAGCAGUGGCAAGAUGUAGUUACGAAAGUAGAUUUUGUGCUUUUCGAACAGAGGUCUUAAUCUUCUGCAGCUCCUAAAUGGUUUUGUUUUCAGUGAAUUUUCACUUCUUUUGUUAGAGAUUGUGUUGUUUAACUCAACAAUUAUUUAUUGAGCUUAGGCCUUCACCUAAAAUAGAGGGCAGACCUUGGCGCAAUGGUAAGGUUGCUCCAUGUGAUCCUCAUGCACUGGGUACACCCUUGAUGGGCCUUCACGCAUAAUGUUUCGCCAAUACCUUUUUUUUUCUUUCCUUUGGAUGGACUUCUUUGGUUUUUUCUUAUUAAUAGAAAAUUGCUCCCAAUUUACAUGGUAA